CACGCAGUGUAGGUUCCAGUCAGCAGCUCUCCAGCUUUCUUGCAUCCGAGGAUCUCUUAGCCUUUCACGAUGGGUGACGCAGAGAUGGAGAUGUUUGGGGUCGCCGCCCCAUUCCUACGCAAGCCCGAGCGGGAGAGAAUCGAGGCCCAGAAUAAGCCGUUCGACGCCAAAACCGCUUGCUUUGUGGCGGAACCCAAGGAGGCCUACGUGAAAGCCAAAAUUAAGAGCUCUGAAGGUGGGAAGACGACGGUGGAAACGGAAGAUGGGAAGACAGUGACGGUCAAGCCGAUUGACGUCCACCCAAUGAACCCACCCAAAUUUGACAAGAUUGAAGACAUGGCCAUGCUUACCCAUCUGCACGAGCCCGCGGUUUUGUUCAAUCUGAAGGAGCGCUACGCCGCCUGGAUGAUCUACACGUACUCAGGGCUUUUCUGCGUCACCGUCAACCCCUACAAGUGGCUUCCGGUGUACAACCCUGAGGUCGUGGCGGCAUAUCGGGGCAAGAAACGGCAGGAGGCGCCUCCUCACAUCUUCUCCAUCUCAGACAACAGCUAUCAGUUCAUGCUGACGGAUCGUGAGAAUCAGUCCAUCCUUAUCACCGGAGAAUCCGGUGCCGGGAAGACGGUGAACACCAAGCGGGUCAUCCAAUACUUUGCAACAAUUGCAGCGCUGGGAGACCCUGGCAAGAAAAAGGAGCAGCAAAGUGGGAAAAUGCAGGGAACUCUGGAGGAUCAAAUCAUCCAGGCCAAUCCUCUGCUGGAAGCAUUCGGCAACGCCAAGACCGUGAGAAACGACAACUCGUCCCGCUUCGGAAAAUUCAUCCGCAUUCAUUUUGGGACAACGGGAAAGCUGGCAUCAGCAGAUAUCGAGACAUACUUGCUGGAAAAGUCAAGAGUCACAUUCCAGCUGCUUGCUGAGAGGAGCUACCACAUCUUCUAUCAGAUUCUUUCCAAUAAGAAGCCUGAACUCAUAGAUAUGCUCCUUGUUACAACCAACCCAUAUGACUACCCAUACAUCAGCCAGGGGGAGAUCGCCGUGGCCAGCAUUGAUGAUACCGAGGAGCUGAUGGCAACUGAUCAAGCUAUCGAUAUCCUCGGCUUCAAUGCAGAGGAGAAAGUUGGGAUCUACAAACUUACCGGAGCUGUGAUGCAUCACGGGAACCUGAAAUUUAAGCAGAAGCAACGGGAAGAGCAGGCCGAACCUGAUGGCACUGAAGUGGCUGACAAAGUCAGUUACCUCAUGGGUCUGAACUCUGCCGACCUGCUCAAAGCCUUGUGCUUUCCCAGGGUGAAAGUGGGGAACGAGUAUGUGACCAAGGGUCAGACGGUCCAGCAGGUGAACAACUCUGUUGGGGCACUUACUAAAGCAGUUUAUGAGAAGCUCUUCUUAUGGAUGGUUACGAGAAUCAACCAGCAGCUGGACACCAAGCUCCCUCGACAACACUUUAUCGGUGUCUUAGACAUUGCCGGAUUCGAGAUUUUUGAGAUGAACAGCUUGGAGCAGCUCUGCAUCAACUUCACCAACGAGAAGCUGCAGCAGUUCUUCAACCACCACAUGUUCGUCCUGGAGCAAGAAGAGUACAAGAAGGAGGGCAUUGAGUGGGAGUUCAUUGACUUUGGUAUGGACUUGGCAGCCUGCAUUGAGCUCAUUGAGAAGCCCAUGGGUAUCUUCUCUAUCCUGGAAGAGGAGUGCAUGUUUCCCAAGGCAACAGACACUUCCUUCAAGAACAAGCUGUAUGACCAGCAUCUGGGCAAGUCCAACAACUUCCAGAAACCCAAGCCAUCAAAAGGCAAGGCAGAGGCCCAUUUUUCUCUGGUCCACUAUGCUGGAACCGUGGACUACAACAUCUCUGGUUGGCUGGAAAAGAACAAGGACCCCCUGAAUGACACAGUCGUAGGGCUCUACCAGAAAGCUUCACUAAAACUUCUGUGUCAUAUUUUUGCAGCAUAUUCUUCCCAAGAUGAUACUGCGGGCAGCAAAAAAGGAGGCAAGAAGAAGGGUUCUUCCUUCCAGACUGUAUCGGCACUCUUCAGGGAAAACUUGAACAAGCUGAUGACCAACCUCAGGUCUACGCAUCCCCACUUUGUGCGCUGCAUCAUUCCUAACGAGACAAAGACCCCAGGUGCGAUGGACCAUCACCUCGUCUUACAUCAGCUAAGGUGCAAUGGUGUGCUUGAAGGAAUCAGGAUCUGUCGAAAGGGCUUCCCCAGUAGGAUCUUGUAUGGAGACUUCAAACAGAGGUACAGGGUCCUGAAUGCGAGCGCCAUACCUGAAGGGCAGUUCAUAGACAGCAAGAAGGCUUCAGAGAAGCUUUUGUCUUCAAUUGACGUUGACCACACCCAGUACAAGUUUGGACACACUAAGGUGUUCUUCAAAGCUGGUCUUCUGGGAACUCUUGAAGAAAUGCGAGACGAUCGAUUGGCUGUCCUGAUCACUCGCUUGCAAGCCGUCUCACGGGGAUACGUCACAAGACUGGAAUUCCAGAAAAUGAUGGAGAGAAGGGAAUCGAUCUUUUCCAUUCAGUACAACAUCCGCUCCUUCAUGAAUGUCAAGAAUUGGCCAUGGAUGAAGCUCUACUUUAAAAUCAAACCCUUGCUGAGGAGCGCCGAAGCAGAGAAAGAAAUGCAGAACAUGAAGGAGGAGUUUAUCCGCAUUAAAGAAGAGCUGUCCAAAUCGGAGGCGAGAAGGAAGGAGCUUGAAGAGAAGAUGGUUAUCCUCCUACAGGAGAAGAAUGAUCUUCAACUGCAAGUGCAAGCUGAAACGGAGAAUCUGGCUGAUGCUGAGGAGAGAUGUGAAGGUCUCAUCAAAAGCAAAAUUCAGCUGGAGGCCAAAGUGAAGGAGAUCAACGAAAGAUUGGAGGAUGAGGAGGAAAUGAAUGCCGAGCUAACAGCCAAGAAGAGGAAGCUGGAGGAUGAGUGCUCAGAACUUAAGAAGGACAUCGAUGACCUGGAGCUCACCUUGGCCAAAGUGGAGAAGGAGAAACAUGCCACCGAGAACAAGGUGAAAAAUUUAACAGAAGAAAUGUCCACCCUUGAUGAAACGAUAGCAAAACUAUCCAAAGAAAAGAAAGCUCUGCAAGAAGCCCACCAGCAAACGUUAGAUGACCUGCAGGCUGAAGAAGACAAAGUCAAUUCAUUAACCAAGCUCAAAGCCAAGCUGGAACAGCAAGUUGAUGAUCUUGAAGGGUCUUUGGAGCAAGAAAAGAAAAUCCGUCUGGAUCUUGAAAGGGCUAAAAGAAAACUUGAAGGGGAUCUGAAACUUACUCAAGAGUCCAUCAUGGAUCUGGAAAAUGAUAAGCAGCAGAUGGACGAGAGACUGAAAAAAAAAGACUUUGAAAUCAGCCAACUGCAGAGCAAAGUGGAAGACGAGCUGGUGUUGGGUCUGCAGCUUCAGAAAAAGAUUAAAGAGCUGCAGGCUCGCAUUGAGGAGCUUGAAGAAGAAAUCGAAGCGGAGCGUUCUUCCCGAGCAAAGACAGAGAAGCAAAGGGCCGACCUGUCUAGGGAGCUGGAGGAGAUCAGCGAGCGGCUGGAAGAGGCUGGAGGCGCCACGUCAGCCCAGAUCGAGAUGAACAAAAAGAGGGAGGCUGAGUUCCUGAAGCUCAGGCGGGACAUCGAGGAGGCCACCUUGCAGCACGAGGCCACCACCGCUGCCUUACGAAAGAAGCACGCGGACAGUGUCGCCGAGCUCAGUGAGCAGAUUGACAGCCUACAGCGGGUGAAACAGAAGCUGGAAAAGGAGAAGAGCGAGUUCAAGAUGGAAGUGGACGACCUGGCGAGCAACAUGGAGGGCGUCUCCAAAAGCAAGGCAAAUUUUGAGAAGUUGUGUCGCACCCUUGAAGAUCAGCUGAGUGAAAUGAAGACAAAGACGGAUGAAGCCCUGAGAUCACUGAAUGAGAUGACGACGUUCAAAUCGCGUUUGCAGACGGAAAAUGGAGAGCUCAGUCGUCAGCUGGAGGAAAAGGAAUCGCUUAUAUCCCAACUUUCUAGAGGAAAACAAAUGUUCACCCAACAAAUCGAAGAGCUGAAACGACUCUUGGAGGAGGAGAACAAGGCCAAGAACGCUCUGGCUCAUGCCCUUCAGUCCUCUCGCCAUGACUGUGACCUUCUCCGAGAGCAAUAUGAAGAGGAGCAGGAGGCCAAGGGUGAGCUACAACGCUCUCUCUCUAAGGCCAAUAGCGAGGUGGCUCAAUGGAGAACUAAAUAUGAGACUGAUGCCAUCCAGAGAACUGAGGAACUGGAAGAAGCAAAGAAAAAACUGGCGCAGAGGCUUCAGGAUGCAGAAGAGCAGUGUGAAGCCACAAAUUCCAAGUGUGCAUCUCUGGAAAAGACCAAGCAAAGGCUACAGUGUGAAGUGGAGGACCUCAUGCUGGAUGUGGAGAGGGCCAACGCCGCAGCCGCAGCUCUAGACAAGAAACAAAGAAAUUUUGACAAGAUCCUGGCAGAAUGGAAACAGAAGUAUGAAGAAUGCCAGGCUGAGCUGGAAGCCUCUGUUAAAGAAGCGAGGUCACUAAGCACAGAGCUCUUCAAGCUAAAGAACUCUUAUGAGGAGUCUUUGGACCAUCUGGAAACCUUAAAGCGGGAAAACAAGAACUUGCAGCAGGAAAUAGCUGAUCUUACGGAGCAGAUUGGAGAAUCAGGCAAGGUGAUACAUGAAUUGGAGAAGGCCAAGAAGCAAGCGGAACAAGAAAAACUGGAGCUGCAGGCUGCUCUGGAGGAGGCUGAGUCCUCUCUAGAACAUGAAGAAGCCAAGAUCCUACGGAUCCAGCUGGAACUCACACAGGUGAAAUCCGAGAUUGACCGGAAGAUUGCAGAGAAGGAUGAGGAGAUCGACCAGAUGAAGAGAAAUCACCAGCGAGUGGUGGAAACCAUGCAAAGCGCUCUGGAUGCCGAAAUCAGGAGCAGGAAUGAUGCCCUGAGACUGAAGAAGAAGAUGGAAGGUGACUUGAAUGAGAUGGAAAUCCAGCUGAGCCAUGCCAAUCGGCAGGCAGCGGAAGCUCAGAAGAACCUGAGGAACACACAGGGGCAGCUCAAGGACGCCCAGCUCCACCUGGAUGACGCCCUGCGCACUCAAGAAGACCUGAAAGAGCAGCUGGCGAUGGUCGAGCGUCGAAGCAAUCUGUUAGCGGCCGAAAUGGAAGAGAUGCGGGCUGUCGUGGAGCAGACAGAGCGGGCACGCAAGGCGGCGGAACAGGAGCUGCUGGACGUCACCGAGCGGGUGCAGCUGCUGCACUCUCAGAACACCAGUCUCAUCAACACCAAAAAGAAGCUUGAAACGGACAUAAGCAACCUGCAGGGUGAAGUCGAGGAAGCCAUCCAGGAAGCGAGAAAUGCCGAUGAGAAAGCAAAGAAGGCCAUCACUGAUGCUGCAAUGAUGGCUGAAGAACUUAAGAAGGAGCAGGACACGAGCUCCCACCUGGAGAGAAUGAAGAAGAACCUGGAUCAAACCGUGAAGGACCUGCAGCACCGUCUGGAUGAGGCAGAGCAGCUGGCCAUGAAGGGAGGGAAGAAGCAACUCCAGAAACUGGAAGCGAGGGUCCGAGAGCUGGAGAGCGAGCUUGACAGUGAGCAGAAACGGGGAGCGGAGGCCAUCAAAGGUGUGCGCAAAUACGAGCGGAGACUCAAGGAAGUUACCUACCAGGCUGAAGAAGAUAAGAAGAAUUUGAUACGACUGCAAGACCUGGUGGACAAGCUGCAGCUGAAAGUCAAGGCCUACAAGAGACAAUCGGAAGAGUCGGAGGAACAAGCAAACACAAACCUUUCCAAGUUUAGGAAGGUCCAGCAUGAGCUCGAAGAAGCCGAAGAGAGGGCCGACAUUGCUGAAUCGCAAGUCAACAAGCUGCGAGCCAAGAGCCGAGACAUCGGAGGCAAGAAAGGACUAGAAGGUGAAGAAUAACACCUCAAGUGGAUGAUGUAGGCAGUAGUGGGCACUAUUUAGUCUUAAUGACCCCCACCCUCCCAGCCAGACAUUUAGUGGUCACCAAGUGGCUUUAAUGACAGCAAGACAAGAUCUCUCUGGACUCCUCUAAGAACGAAAAGUAAUGAGGAGGACAAACCGCUGCUGCACUGGGACGUAGAAAAUAAAAGGUUUUUAUCAGCACCAAA